AUGAAAUCUCUGCGAGUUUUCUUCUUGUUAGCAAUGGUAAUGGCCUUAGCCAUUACUCUUUCAGUUUCAGCAGCAUCAACUCAAGAGAAAUCGCUCCUCGAUGAACCUGAUGAUGAAUACGUGAAAAAUGAAGAACCACUCUCUUCACUUCGCGGGGUUAGCCGUUUUCUUGCUCAAAAAUCACGUGUCAAGAUGACAUGCAAAAACUAUCCUAGAAUUUGUCGAAUUAAGGGCAGUCCUGGACCAGAUUGUUGCAAGAAAAGAUGUGUUAACGUAGCUAAAGACAGAUUCAAUUGUGGCAAAUGUGGUAAUAAAUGCAGAUUCUCGGAAAUUUGUUGCAAAGGACAGUGUGUAAAUCCUUGGUCCAACAAAAAGCACUGUGGAGGUUGCAACAAUAAGUGCAAGAAAGGAAAUAAAUGUUUAUUUGGAAUGUGUAGUUAUGCAUAA